CGACAACUCAUUCAUUCUUGAUUCUUUGGUCUGAUUGCGAUUACAUAUGAUUACUGCUUUUUAUUAUUUUUAUUAUUAUUUUUUAUUUUAAUUAUCAUUUUAAUAGGUAAUCAAAGGUCUCUUUUAUCUAUACAACAAUAAGAAUACAACAACAAUUUUUAAUUCAAGAUGAUGCUCUAUAAAUUGGUCGUGUUAGGUGAUGGUGGUGUAGGCAAGACUGCGUUAACCAUUCAGCUUUGUUUGAAUCAUUUCGUUGAAACAUAUGAUCCUACCAUUGAAGAUUCUUAUCGAAAGCAAGUGGUAAUUGAUGACCAACCUUGUGUAUUAGAAGUAUUGGAUACUGCUGGUCAAGAGGAAUACACAGCCCUUCGAGAUCAAUGGAUUAGAGAUGGUGAAGGUUUCUUACUGGUUUAUUCCAUCACAUCACGUUCGACGUUUGAUCGCAUUGAACGAUUCAGGGAUCAAAUUUUCCGUGUAAAGGAUGUGGAAAAUGUACCAUUGAUGUUGGUAGGUAACAAAUGUGAUAAAGUGACUGAAAGAGAUGUACAUCGUGAAGAAGGUUAUGCUAUGGCCAAACGUCUUGGUUGUGAAUUUAUUGAAACUUCUGCCAAAACAUGUGUUAAUGUGGAACGCUCCUUUUAUUCUGUGGUCAAAACUAUUCGUGCUCAACGUGAAGGUUUACGUGCUGGUACCAAGUCAAAAGCCAAGAAGGACAAGAAAACCAAAUGUUUGAUUCUUUAGAUAUUUUUUAAUUGUAGUUUUCUCUCUUUACUAUUAUUAUCAUUUUUUUUUAUUCUUAUUAUUUUUUUUUCUGAUACAUCAUCUUUUACUUUUUUUUUUUUUACAUAUCUA